GGCGACUAACAUGGAUAUUGCAAAUCAGUUGGUUGCCCAGGGGCAGUUCAGGGUGCUGAAAGUCCCAUUGGGCUUCAUCAAAAUCUUAGAAUGGGUGUUUGCCAUCUUUGCGUUCUCCACCUGUGGGAGUUACUCCGGCUCCUUCAGGAUGAGCGUGGAGUGCAAGAACAGAUCCGACAGUAACCUGAAAAUAGACGUUGACUUUGAGUAUCCCUUCAGGCUCCAUCAAGUGUAUUUCAACGCUCCUACCUGCAAGAAUGGCCAGUCCGAUCGUUUCUUCCUGGUUGGUGAUUACUCCUCUUCAGCAGAGUUCUUCGUCACCAUCGCCGUUUUCGCAUUUCUGUACUCCAUGGCAGCUCUCAGCAUCUACAUAUUUGCCUUUGAGAAGUACAGAGAGAACAAUAAAGGACCACUAAUCGAUUUCGGUGUGACAUGCGUAUUCACCUUCAUGUGGCUGGUGAGCUCGGCAGCCUGGGCUAAGGGCUUGUCGGAUGUCAAGACGGCUACCGACCCAGAGAAGGUUCUGGAUCUGAUCCCUGCCUGUGAAAACAGUGGCAACCGAUGCCGUGAAGUUUACGACCCUGUCAUGUCUGGUCUUAAUACUUCUGUCGUCUUUGGCUUCCUCAACCUGAUCUUGUGGACGGGUAACCUGUGGUUUGUGUUCAAGGAGACUGGGAUCGUGGCACCGUUUAUGCGCCAGCAGCCUGCCCAGGAGAAGCAGCCCGCCCCUGACUCCUACGGACAGGCAGGUUACGGGCAGCAGGACCCGUAUGCCGGUUCCCAGGGAGGCUACCAGCCCGACUACAGCCAGCAAGGCUACAAUCAGGGUGGAGACUACGGCCAGGGCGGAUAUGAACAGCAGGGGGCACCCACCUCCUUUUCCAACCAGAUGUGA